AUGUCGUCAAAUUUCUUUAAGGAUACCCAAAAUAGUAAGGGAGUGAGCUUGUUUGGAAGCAAUCAAUGUCCCGAUGGAACUGGUGUGUCUUCUUUUAAAAUACAGCCAUCGCCUGCCAUUGACAUUGAUAGUUCCUUGGGUUCAGAGUUUGAGAUAGGUUUGAAUUUUGGCAAAGAUGAUUUACAACAGAAAUUCCUUGACCUGGCCUGUGAGGUGAAAAAUGAUGUUGAAAAGUCAGAGAUUUCUUUGGCAACAACUUUUACGGAAUCUUCCAAAUCAAAUGAAACAAGACCUAGUUUGAAUUCAUGUACUGAUGCAAGUAUAACUGAGCACGAAAUUGGGUUUGAAAGCAGAAAGUGUUUAAAUACUGGUGCUCGUAAAACAAAAACAUUGUGUUUGUUUAAUCAGCCAAAGUCAAAUAAAACAGGAAAGACUGAAAAACUGUCCUCAACUACAAAGAAGGAAAUCAAAAAGCUUUCUACGCCAAGGGUUUUUGACACCAUUCAAUUAGAAGAGCGAAGCAAAGCUAAGACUAGAAGUGCUCUGAAUGGAGGUGUAUCAGAAACUCCGUUAAGGUCACAAAUAUCUGGCAAUUUCCUGGCAGUGUCGUUUUCUGAAUUAAUUGGACAGGUGGAAGCCACAAAAUACAAUUUGGAAAAGGAAUUGGAACUUACUCGGAGAAAGUUGCUGAAGAUAGAAGCAGAGAAGCUAGAGAAGGAACAGUAUAUAAAAAAUUUGAGUGAUGUGAAUUCUCGAACCAAAAGCCAGGUGGAAGCCUUGUUCAAACAUGUGACACAAUUGGAUUCUGAUUUUAAUGAUUUGAGACAUGAUAAAGACAAAGCCGAAAAGAAAUACCAAAAAAUUAAAGAUGACACAAAUCGUUAUAAAACCAAAGUAGGUGAAUUUUUUUCCACUCUUGACGAAUUGAAGCAGAGCAUGAAUUCCAUAAGAAUGCAAAUGCAAGUACAUUUCAAGGUAAAAGAGUUGGAACUACAACAAAAAGAUGUGCAGCUUGAUGAGAUGUCUGGGUUGUUGUCUGAGGAAAAAAUCAGGUUAGCCGAAAUGCAAAAAAUAUCAUUUGACCUGUCGAAAUUGGAAUCCAAAAUAUUAGAAUUAUGCCGGGCUUUGGUGAUCGACAUAUCUGGCCGCUUUUCCAACGAAAUCAAACAAGCUAUAGGGUCUGAGAAUUUGAACAGCAGUUUAGAAGACAAGUUCGCUUUUGUUGAAAAAGAAUUUAAAAAUUUCAUAUCGACCUCUAUUGCUUCAAAAAUAGCUGAAUUGGAAGCAGCCAUAGUUAAUAAAGAUCAAAACUUGAGUCUGUUGGUAUGUUCUGAGUUUCAAAAAGCAGCUGCCCUUGAAUCUGCAAAUCACCUAACUACCAGAGAACAGUUGCUGAUACAAAUUGAGAACAACAUCGGAUUAAUGCAAAAGAAGAUUUUAGAUGAUCAGGAAUUGAGACUGGAUUAUGAUCAGAAGCUAGCAUUAUUAGAGUCGGAAAUCACACAAUUGGAAAGAGCAAAAGUACAAUUAGAAAGUGAGCUUUCUAGUCAUAAAACUUCAUCACAUGAUAGAAUAUUACAUUUGACUGGAAAGCUGAAUGAGCUAGAACAAGAAUUAGCUACUGCUAGACAAAAAGUUAUUGAAUGUGAUUCUACCGCGGAAAAGCUGUUGCAUGAUCUUUUAAAUGUUCAAGAAGAAUUAAAAUUAAAAAAUGCUUUGUUAAAUGAAAAAGAUGCUGAAUUGUGUGAGUUGCAAAAGAAUUUCAAGGUCGAAGUAGCUGCUUUCCAAUCAAAAACAAGCAAAGAAAAGAAAGAACACUUACUCAUUGUGGAAUCUAGAAACUGUUUGUUGAAAGAAGCUGAGGUCUUGAAAAUGGUUAUUAGGAGUAUUUCCAGAGAUUAUGAAAUUUGUCAAAAGGUAAAGGCAGAUAAUGACUUGGAACGUGAUAAAUGGAAGAUUAAAUACGAUGAUAUGAAGCUGCAAAAUAAUUUGCUUAUGGAAACACUAAAGGACUGUUUUGCUCAAAAUCAAGAAACAAAUGACACGGUAUCACAACUUAUACAACAACAUAAAGAACAAUUAAAUAUAAUAAAGAAAGACUUAGAAGCUGAACACAAAAAUUCAAUACGAUUGGAGCAAGCCAAUUUAAAAUUACAGUCCGAAAUACAAUCCAAAGAAUUGGCCAUGAAACCGGAAGAGAGUAUUACUUAUUGUAAGAGGAUGUUUGAUGUUUUUGGUGAGGCUCUAAAGAAUGAAGAGGCUCUAACAAAAGGUUUGGGUGUUCAGAUCAAAGAUAUUUCAGAGUUUAUGAAGAGUGAUAGUGCCAGCUAUAAGUGUGACCUCAAUAACUUGAAUGAAACAUUGAGUUCACUAAAAAUACAAUUGAAACAUCCCAUGGAGGUCUCGUCAUUUAGGUUUGAUAAUAGCUGCACUUUGGGAGAACCUAAACAAAGCAAUAAUCAGCAAUUAUUGUUACCCCUCAAUAAUCAAAACCUUAGAGUCAACAACCCUACUGCUGUCAUGGAAUCUUCUGCUAAACUAACCCAAAGGAUUAAAGGGAGAAAGAAAACACUAAAAUCUCAGGAAACAGAGAUCUCACAAGAGUCUCAUAAAAUGCACAGGAUACACACAAGUGUCGAUUCCAAUUCUGGAGCCAAUUAUUGUAAAGAUACUAUACUGUCAGCAAGUAUUGUGGAUCACAAGAAGUUGAAUUUGACAAACAGAAAUUCUAAAAAGACUCUAAACAAGCAAAUUGCUGAUGAUGUGUUUUCUCUUUCCCAUAUUACAAGUUCACCUCCUUCAAAGAAAUCCAAGAAAAAAUGA